CAUUUUCUCCUCUCGCGUCUUUCGUUCUUCCUCCACUUCUCCACUCAUUGUCCCGAAUCCUUCUUUCUCUUUGUUUAUUUCCCUCGAUUUUUUUGUUGUUGUCUUGUUGUGUGGUUGGUUUAUUGGAAAUUAUUCAAUUGAGUUGAAUUGUCUCAUCUAUCAUCAUGUCGUCCAACACCACCCAAAAGCCUCUUCCCUUCCAAUACCAGUUCGCUGCUGGCGCCAUUGCCGGUGUCUCCGAGAUUCUGGUCAUGUACCCUCUGGACGUGGUCAAGACUCGAGUACAACUGCAGCAAGGCCCCGCGGCCCUGGGUGAGGAAGGAUACAAUGGCAUGUUCGACUGCUUCCGCAAGAUCAUCAAGAAUGAAGGUUUCUCCCGUCUAUACCGCGGUAUCACCGCUCCCAUCCUGAUGGAGGCCCCCAAGCGUGCCACCAAGUUCGCCGCCAACGACAGCUGGGGUUCCUUCUACCGGAACCUGUUCGGAGUGGAAAAGCAGACGCAGGGGCUAGCGACGCUGACGGGCGCGACGGCGGGUGCGACCGAAGCCUUCGUGGUGGUCCCCUUCGAGCUGGUCAAGAUCCGCCUGCAGGACCGCGCCUCGGCCGGCAAGUACAACGGGAUGCUGGACGUGGUGCGCAAGAUCGUCGCGACCGAGGGCCCCCUCGCCAUGUACAACGGCCUCGAGUCGACCCUGUGGCGCCACAUCCUCUGGAACGCGGGCUACUUCGGCUGCAUCUUCCAGGUGCGCGCCCAGAUGCCCAAGCCCCAGGAGGGCAACAAGGCCCAGCAGACCCGCAAUGACCUCAUCGCCGGUGCCAUCGGUGGUACCGCCGGUACCAUCCUCAACACCCCCAUGGACGUCGUCAAGUCCCGCAUCCAGAACUCCCCCAAGAUCCCCGGCCAAACCCCCAAGUACAACUGGGCCUGGCCUGCCCUCGGCACCGUCUUCAAGGAGGAAGGCUUCGCCGCGCUGUACAAGGGCUUCCUCCCCAAGGUCCUCCGUCUGGGCCCCGGUGGUGGUAUCCUCCUCGUCGUGUUUACCGGUGUCAUGGACUUCUUCCGUGAGAUGCGCGCUUAAUUGAGGUUGCUACAGUGAUGUAUUGCCAAUAGAGGAGGGCCGGUGUAAUUGAUCGCAUUAGAUUGUGACAUAUAUACGUUUCCAAAAAUGAACCAAGUCGAACAACAUUUCAUACGAGAGUCUUCUUCUCUUUUCCAGCAUUUCCUUGUUUAUUGAUCUCGUUUCAACUUU